CAGUGGGUUCCGUUGUUUUCAUGAGAGUAGAUGUGCUGUUGAUGACGUAAUCGACGAUUUGCAAAAAAACCUCGACCCGUUUCGUUAAAUUAUUCGCAUAGGUCGCUCGUUAGUUACUACUCGGAUCGAGUCGCUAGGAAACAGGCGACUUGAUUUAGCCAACGCGAGCCUCUUUGUGAAAUCAGGUCGAAAGGGAUGCCGCUGCAGACAGACUCCGACGGACGCCAACAGUCUCUGGAUUUAAUCUCAUCGCAUUUAAUCGGGAAGAGCAGUUUUUCUAUAAAUUUUAAAGGCCUCAGAAUAACGCAUUCUCGACCGAGUGCUUUUGUAAGAUGUUUAAACUCGAGUGCGAACUAAAUGCGCAGCUGUGAAGCGAAGUGACAGCGGCGGCGAAGCAAUUGGCGAGCUAGCGGCGCGGGCUAACGUUAGCUGGUCGUCAACAAAGCGGAGGACGGGGGUCACUAAUCUUUCGUGAAGAAGAAGAUUCUACGGGUUCGACUUUUUUUCUUGACGUUUCCGCCCGUGUUGGACGACAUCGCUCGGUGAGUGAAAUGUGCUGAAACGUCGAUGGUACCGAACCAGGAAGACGGUUUGUCAACUUCGAUUGAGUGGAGUGGGGGAGGGGCGGUGGUCUCCGGGUAGAGGAAAUUGUAUUUUGACCUAUAAGUUUGUCCUCGCGGGGCGCUGUAGCACGCGCACAUUAUUUACAUCGACGUCUGUUUUUGUAUUAAUGCCUUUUUGUUUACCGGCUCAACAUUACCGUUACGCGCUUUACGUUAUCGAUCGCAAUGAAACUGUUGGAAAGCUCCAGCUUUGAAGCCCUCAGCUCUCGGCUGUGCGUCGAAACCGGAGAGUCUCGCAUUCUUGGCAGGAUGGAGAGCUACUCCUGUAAAAUGGCAGGCGAUGAUAAACAUAUGUUCAAGCAGUUCUGCCAGGAGGGGGAGCCACACGUCCUGGAGGCCCUCUCCCCCCCUCAGUCCACCAGCCCUUCAAAGCUGGGGAAGAGCAGUGAGGACGGGGAGAACCACUUGAGUGACAAGUGCUGCAGGAAGACUCUUUUCUACCUCAUCACCACGCUCAACGAGUCUUUCAGACCGGACUACGACUUCAGCGCCGCUCGAGCCCACGAGUUCAGCCGAGAGCCCAGCCUCAACUGGGUGGCUAAUGCAGUGAACGGCAGCCUGUUCUCCGCUGUGGGAGAGGAGUUCAACUCUCUGGGGCCGGAGCUGUGGAACGUCAUCGACCAGGAGAUCAACCUGCAGAGCUGUGACAUUUACAGCUACAACCCGGAUCUGGACUCUGACCCUUUCGGUGAAGAGGGGAGCCUCUGGUCCUUCAACUACUUCUUCUACAACAAGAAGCUCAAGAGGAUCGUAUUCUUCACAUGUCGCUCCGUCAGCGUCUUGAGUGGCUACGGCCGUGAUUGUCUCGACAACGAGCUGGACAUGGAGCUGGAUGACGAGGAGGAAAUGGACGGCUUCACUGAGGACAGGUUCCCCAGAGCUCUGUGCGUGUGAACUUCCCCGAUGGACGCGCCAGAGAAUAUCUCGGCUCCUCCUCAUUUUUCACCCCCUUUUUACAUUUGUUUUUAUUUUGUCGCCUCAUCCAACGCCAUUUUCACACUUAGACCAAUGCAUGUUUGAAGCCUUCUCUUUGGCAGGCAGUGGUUUGUGAGCUGGUGGACAUUUUUUAAAGACUCUGCGGUAACUUUAAAAGCGCCACCUUUCUCCAGCGUGGAGUUUGACCCUCUGUUCCAACCCCAAAUGACACACACACGCGCGCGCACGCGCAUGAGCUUCUCUACACCUGCCACAUUUUCAAAGAGACUCUUCACGGACGCUUGAGAAGAAGGUGUCGUAAUGGAGGAGUGGCAAACAAAAGAAUGCAAAGCAAUGAGUGUCUUGCAAAGGGGAGUCCAGAAAACGGCACCAUUGAUGGGAAGCUGAGCUGGGUCCAUGAAACCCAGUGAGGACGGACCGACUGAUCAGCGGAGGACUCAUCUGUUGUUUCAUUGUUUGCCAUGUGUGGCUUUUAUUAUUUUUGCGUCACAUAUCUUUUUCUUUAACACUGGGUUUUAAAUUUGAUAACUUGUGUUAUUUAAUCAUAUUACUGCAAAAGCUCAUCUGCCGGGGAAAACAAGGCACCUGUUUUUGAUAAACGUCACCUUAUGUUUCAAUCUCCCGUGAUUUCAGUUCCAUGAUUAAUUUUGUAUGUAGUCUAAAUCGAGUAUUUUUUCACCCCCCCCCCCCCCCCCCCCCCCCCCCCCCUAUUCCUGAUUAAUCCCUGUUUCUAAAUGUCUGUCUUGCCAGUGUUUUUAUUUGGUUUGUGCAAAGGUUUCAUUGAAAAGUGAAUGUAUAAUACAAUUUAGAGAAACAUAUUGCAGUAAAAUGACUGUUUAAUGUUCUUGUUUUCUAAAGAUAUUGAGAAGUUUCUUUUACGUUCCUUUACAAGUAGUGAGGAGUUGUAUCUCGACUGCUCUGUGCUUCGUUUUGUUGGCGACUAUAUUGCAGAUGAGAAUAAACUGUUUGAAUCUUA